UUGAUGGCGAAAAAAAGGAUAAUUUAAUUGUUUAUUUGUUAUUUUCAGCUGAAUCAGAAAGAUGGAUGCCAAACUUUCACUCAUAGCCAGCUUUGACGACCUGUCUAGGAAUGCGAAAGUGUUACAGGUUGGAAUAGAACCAGAGUUCCAACGUUUUGUAUCAAAUCAACAAGACUGUUUAAAGAAGUGGUGUUCAUUAGAAACAGAAUUUGAAAGACUCCACGAAAGAAUUUCUGUCCUUGAAAAAGAGAAUGACUCCCUACAGACUACUUUGAAGCAUGCCAGAAGCCAGAUUGGUAAAGAAACGGAACACAGAAGAUUUUUAGAAUCGGAACGAGACCAAUUGGAAAGACAGAUUGCUCUUAUUCGGGAAUUACUGACAGAUAAGAAUAGAAAAAGUAUGCUGAAUGAACAGGACAGAGAAAAAUUGGCUUUCCUCAGUCACAACACUUACCAAUCACAAUUAGAGGGCAAUUCUCCAUCAAGAAGACUUGGGACAAUAAAUGAGUCAGCACACUCCAUACUUGGUGAUUCUGUUUAUGAUAAAACAGAAGAUGAUCUUGAUACAUCUUAUCUCCGAAGUGGAAGGAAAAUCAAGCGACCCUCUGCACCACCAAUGGAAGAUGAACCUGUGAAGCGAAGGAGGAGUGAUGAAGAUGAACAAAACAACUCCAUAGUGACCACAACAACGGUCACCCUUAAUGCUGAUGGUAAGCUUGUGGGGGCUGUUGCUGAGGUUAUCCCGCAGACAAAAACGCUCAACAAAAGCUUCAGUGAACCAGCUCUGGACAAACACCUGGAUAGUCCAAAUAGAGAUGCUGAAAGUGAACCCGAAUCUGAAGAUUCUUACCUGGGUACACCUGGCAACAGAAAUCAGAGUUCCAGACGAAAAUCUAGAGGAAUUCUCAAGGGAACUACUCCAAAAACACCACGUCUGAGAAAAGCCAGUUCUGCUGGUCGAGGUUUAAACAGAAUUCACUUCUUUAUCUCUAAGACGGUCAUCAAACCAGAGACAUGUGCACCAUGUGGAAAGAGAAUCAGAUUUGGCAAGCUAGCAAUGAAGUGUAAAGACUGUAAAGCAACAUGUCAUCCGGACUGUAAAGAUAAUCUUCCAUUACCAUGUGUGCCUUGCUGUCCCAGCACACCUGGAACAACAAAAAUGUCUGGUGGCCUGUUGAAUGACUAUGCUCCUAUUGACCCGCCAAUGAUUCCAGCGAUUGUGGUUCACUGCGUAAAUGAAGUGGAGGCAAGAGGACUCACAGAAGUGGGAAUCUACAGGGUUCCAGGAGCUGAAUCACAGGUGAAGGAAUUGAAAAAGGAAUUCUUCAAAGGGAGGGGAGUGCCAAAUAUGUCACAUAUUGAUGACAUCAAUGUGGUGUGCGGCUGUCUGAAGGAUUUCCUGAGAGGCCUUAAGGAACCUGUCAUCACUUUUUCUUUGUGGAAGGACUUUAAGAGUGCAGCAGAGAACCGAGACCGUGCUAUGGGUGAUUCUGAAUUAUACCAAGCUAUAAGUCAGCUGCCACAGUCUAACAGGGACACACUGGCCUUCCUUAUCCUGCAUCUCAUCAGAGUGGGCGAGUGCCAUGAGUGUAAGAUGCCGACUAGUAAUUUGGCUAAGGUAUUUGGCCCCACCAUAGUUGGCUACUCGGUGCCAGAGCCAGAACCCCUCAUGAUGAUCAACGAGACUAAGUACCAGAGCAUGGUAAUGGAGAAACUGUUUGAGAUCCCAAUAGAUUAUUGGGAGUCUUUUCUUAACAUUGAUGAGGAAAACCUCUACCCUAACCAGUUCAACACACCACAGACACCAGAGAGCAGAGCAGUGCCAGGCAGCAUGUUAGGUCCUAUCCACACACCUGGCUCCUACGAGCACAAGAGCAGAACAUGGGGCAAAAAUUCCUUCACACCCAGCAAAGCAGCCCCCUAUGUGACUGGAUCACUUAGAAUCACCAAGAUGAAGCCCAAACUCAUGCCACCGCUGGUGAUGCCACGCAGGUCUGUGAGUGAGACCUGUCUGUGAGAUGAGGUGGUGGCCACAGAUUUUCAAACAAGAGUCGAACCAUCAACAAGAAACCCAGCCAUUUCUUUUCCUCUCCAAUGUUAAACUAAUUUUCCAUGCAUGGUGCCUGACAGUUGAGAUUUCCUGAUGUUAAACUAGCUAGUAAUGUGUUCUGGAGUUAUAUCUUUGUACAAAGUGGUCUGAACUGCUUUUUAAAAUUGACAGUUGAUUAGUGUUGAUGGAUAUGUACACAUUCCAUAUCAUCAACGUGAAAAAUUGAUUCUGAAUUUUUCUACACUUCUGAAGAUGGCUGAUUUCACAUUGUGCAGUGUCAGGUACAAUAUUUAAAGUGACAGACAACCACAAACAAACAUUUGAAUGAUGAUAUUCAUCACCUGUAUUUCAUAUGUAAAUAUAAGUUUAAACUCAUGUAUAUAUUGGAUUCCUAAGACUUAAAUAAUGGGAAGCCUUUACGACUGACAUUUACAACCUUUUUAUGGAGCAUAAAAUUAUAUAAGCUUUAAUAAAGUGUAGUUUUUAAACAUUAAGCAUUACCUUUGAAUAGUAUUUAGUGAAUUAUUGAAGGUACAAAUGUCCAUAAUAGAUGUACAACGAA